AUGGCGUUCGCCGGUGAAGAAGACCUUGGUAUCCCCUCUCUAAUUUUUUCUUUCUUUCAGCCUUUCUUCCAACUUGUGAAGUUACGGAAACUUGGACUUAGUGAUAAUGAAAUCCAGCGGCUCCCUCCGGAAAUAGCGAAUUUCAUGCAGCUGGUGGAACUUGAUUUGUCUCGAAAUGAUAUUCCUGAAAUACCAGAAAGCAUCUCAUUCUGCAGAGCACUACAGGUAGCAGAUUUCAGUGGGAAUCCACUGACUAGGUUGCCCGAAAGCUUUCCUGAAUUACAGAAUCUAACGUGUCUUUCAGUAAAUGACAUCUCUCUACAAGCACUACCUGAAAACAUUGGGAAUCUUUAUAACCUCGCUUCACUGGAACUUAGAGAAAAUUUGCUGACAUAUUUACCUGAAUCAGUUGCCCAGCUGCAGCGACUAGAACAACUUGAUUUAGGAAACAACGAACUUUAUCACUUGCCAGAAACAAUUGGUGCACUUUUCAAUCUUAAAGACCUCUGGUUGGAUGGAAACCAAUUAGCUGAAAUACCUCAGGAAGUAGGAAACCUGAAAAACCUGCUUUGUCUGGAUGUUUCUGAAAAUAAAUUGGAAUGCCUUCCUCAAGAAAUUAGUGGUCUGGCUUCUUUAACAGACUUGCUUGUUUCUCAGAAUUUACUUCAGGUCCUACCUGAUGGCAUUGGAAAACUGAGGAGGCUCUCCAUUUUGAAGGUUGACCAGAACAAACUCAUUCAGCUGACAGAUUCGAUUGGGGACUGCGAAAGCCUUACUGAAUUAGUUCUAACGGAAAACCAACUGCAGUCAUUACCGAAGAGCAUUGGAAAACUAAAGAAGCUGAACAAUUUGAAUGCCGAUAGAAACAAAUUAACAUCUUUGCCCAAAGAGAUUGGGGGGUGCUGCAGUCUUAACGUCUUUUCUGUACGUGACAACAGAUUAUCUCGAAUUCCCCCUGAAAUUUCCCAAGCCGCUGAGCUUCAUGUCCUGGAUGUUGCUGGAAACAGGUUGACGUAUCUUCCCCUCUCGCUGACUACCUUAAAGCUGAAGGCUUUGUGGUUGUCUGACAACCAGUCCCAGCCUUUGCUGACUUUUCAGACUGACACAGACCCUGAAACAGGAGAAAAGAUUUUAACAUGUGUAUUACUUCCUCAAAUGCCUUCUGAGCCUGGUUGCCAAGAUAACCUACCACGAUGUGGUGCACUGGAGAGUUUGGUAAAUGAAAUGUCAGAUGAAGCAUGGAAUGAGCGGGCAGUGAAUAGAGUCAGUGCAAUUCGCUUCUUAGAAGAUGAAAAAGAUGAAGACGAUAAUGAAAUGAGAACACUUCUAAGGCGAGCCACUCCACACCCUGGAGAAUUAAAGAACAUGAAAAAGACAGUGGAGAAUUUACGGAAUGAUAUGAAUGCUGCUAAAGGACUGGAUUCAAACAAAAACGAGGUCAAUAAUGCCAUUGACAGAGUGACCACUUCUGUGUAGAGUUUCAUCUCCAGGUUUUACCUCCUGUGUCUUCCCCUGCUGUUGAAAUGUUCCUGUCGUCUUCUGGGACCUCACUGAGCCCCUUUUUGUUUUUAACCAGAACCUGAUUCAUCGUCUCCAUAUCUGUGAAAAGUGCUGCCCGCUGGAAGAAAGUGCCUUAUUUCAUCCAGGCAGUGAACCAAUAAUUUCCAAAUCAAUGUUGUAAUUUUAGUAGUUUAGGCUUUUUUAAGUAUAAUGCACUACUGUAUGCAAAAUACAAUAUUUUUGUCUUAAACACGGGGGAAAUAAUGCUUUUCUUUUCCAGAGUGCUGGGGUAUCUUUUUCCCAGUGGCUGGAUGUGCUGGUGAGAAAUAUAGUUUUGUGGAAAAUUGAUACACUUUUUUUAUUUUUUUGGCAGCUCAGAUGGUGUAAAUUUUAAAUUUUUGUAUAGGACUUUCGUAACAAAAUGAUGUAUUUCAUUUUUAAGAGAAAAUUUAUCUUGAGCGGUACAUAUUUUAGCAUUUGUGGAAGAGAACAAGUUUCAUGGACAACUGUACUCAUUCGUUUGUACCACCCAUUGUGCCUUACUGUGUCUCGUAUGUCAUAAUAGUCUUAAAUAUUACAAUUCUUGAGGAAAGUGAGUAGAUUUAAACUUGUUCUCCUGUUUUAGCUAUGUUUUUCUUUUUGGACAGUAAUUUGUUGGGAUUUUUACAACAGAGACCUUAUGUUUAUAUCAUGGGACUUUAGGUCAUGAAGCACAAAUGUUAGUUUUCUUGUAAACAGAAUUAAGAUUAAAAUGACCAAACUGCUAUUGUUUAUUACAUAAUGCACUCACACUUUAACUUAGUUGUAAUGAAACAUCUUGGUUUGGAUGCUGUGUUGCAUUGCAGUCACUAGAAAUUCAUGCUUCCGUUGGUUUUUUGGUUUUGUUUUUGUUUUAAAUGUGCCAUCUGUAAAAUAACUUGAAAAACAGCACGAUAGACUUUCAGAAGCACAGUAUGAAACUAGUUUUAUGUAUUACACAAGAAAGCAUGAUUCUUUAAAGUGCUUUGGUGGUUUUAUAUAAAUAUAUAAAACCAUAAUAAAAAAAAUAUCUUUAAAAUCUUCA